AUGUGCAUCGGCAAGUGGAAACUCGUCGUAGUUUGCUUGGCAGCAGAACAUGUGGCUUCUCAGCCCUGGCCCAAGAGUGGUGGCUCGUCAGACUCAGUCAAAGUCAAAUGGAUCGGUGACAAACCAGUAUUGAAUCCGGGCACGACUUUCGGGCUCCCUUGGCCUCGGGGCAGACAUGCGGCCAACAAAACGUCCUUCAGUGCUUCUGCCGGGAAUGAAGCUGUGAGAAUACAGUCCUGGGUGACUUCCUACUGGCCAGAUGGUUCCAUCAAGUGGACAGGUCAUGCUGUCGAGCCAUCUACAGAUGUGCCCGAUGAAUAUGUCAUCGUCACCUCUUCAAGCUGCCAAAAGACGGCGAAAAGAGCAUCCGAGGAUGUCAGCGUCAGGUCCAAUGGAGACACAAUCACUGUUGACACGGGCAAAGUAUCGGUGGUAUUUGCCAAGGCUGGCAAUAUCCUCGUUAAAUCAAUUUCUACGGGUGGCAAGAUUGUCGGACAGAAUGGCGUCUUGGUCCUCCGGACCCAGACAGAUACUGAUGAUGGCAGUGAUAUCCCGAGAAUCUUUGACCGUCUUCAAUUUGAGGCCAGCAUCGAUGAGACCAAGGUCGAAAACCAAGGAUCAGUCCGAGCCCUCGUCACGGUGAAAGGAAAGCAUGCCGUCAAGCAAAGCAAUACUGGCCAGGACCCGUGGCUGCCCUUCACUGUGCGAUUCUACCUCUACUCUGGGUCCGAGGCAAUUCGCGUCGUCCAUUCUCUAGUCUACGAUGGCAAACCGGAUAAAGACUUCAUUACAGCCAUCGGCCUUCGUUUUGACGUCCCGCUCGGUGACGAGCAGCUGUACAACAGACAUAUUAGAAUUGCAGGUGUUGAUGGAGGCUUCCUCACCGAGUCUGUGCAGGGGAUCACCGGCUUGCGAAGAGAUCCUGGGGCUGGUGUCCGAAAAGCUCAGAUUGGUGGCAAGACAUUGCCAGAUGUCGCUACUUGGGACAGAAACUUCACAACAAGACUCCAGUGGAUACCCGCCUUCAAUGAUUACAGCCUAUCUCAACUCUCGCCUGACGGCUUCACCUUGAAGAAGCGCACAAAGGCGGGCCAGAGCUGGAUAAACAUACCAGCAGGCAACAGAUCCUCUGGUCUGGCUUACCUUGGCGGGAGUACAAAAGGGGGCCUCGCAAUUGGCCUACGAGACUUCUGGAAGAAAUACCCUACCGGCUUCUCCAUAUCCAACGCAGCAUCUAGGACAGUGUCGACAGCCACACUAUGGCUCUACAGUCCCGAAGCUCCACCGAUGGAUCUACGGCCAUGGCACGACGAGAUGGGCCAAGACACUUAUGCCAAGCAGCUCGAGGCUCUUGACACGACGUACGAGGACUAUGAGCCGGGCUUUAUGACGCCCUAUGGCGUUGCCCGUACGAGCGAGGUCUACAUAAUUGGCUUCCCUAGCACGCCUUCAGCAGAGACUUUGGGCAAGUGGACCAAGAUCAUCGAAGAGCCCCCUGCCUUGGCGACUGAGCCCGAAGUCCUCUACAAAUCAAAGGCUGCUGGCGUAUUGUGGGCGCCGCGUACCGAAACCUCGGGCUCAGCUGCCACACUCGAGUCGCACCUCGACUUCUUAGCCAAGUUCUAUCGGGAUCAAGUCGAGAACCGCAGAUGGUAUGGCUUCUGGGACCAUGGAGACUUCAUGCACACAUACGAUGCAUCUCGCCACACCUGGGCCUAUGAUGUUGGAGGAUAUGCAUGGGACAACGGCGAGCUGUCGCCUGACCUCUUCUUCUGGCCGCAAUUCCUGCGAACCGGAGACGCCAGUGUUUAUCGCUUUGCAGAGGCAGUCGCCCGUCACGGCAGUGAGGUCGACCAGUACCACGUCGGGCCAUGGAAGGGGCUUGGAACCCGCCAUGGAGUUCAGCACUGGGGUGACUCGGCGAAACAAGUCCGUAUCUCGACCCCGAUCUUCCGCAAGGUGUUUUACUACCUCACUGGUGGCGACGAGCGGCAGGGCGAGAUCAUCCGAGAGGUCCUCGAUGCGGACCAAGCUAUCCUGCAGGUUGAUCCGCGAAGAAAAGUGCGUGAUCCCAACAUUACCUACGUGCCAGAUCCAGAAGCCCUUUACAUCAGUCUCGGAACAGACUGGUCUGGACUGGCAGCAGCACUCCUUAUCGAGUGGGAGACACGGGGCCCACGAUGGGAAGAGGCCCGGUCCAAGCUCAUCAGCUCCAUGAGAGGUCUCAACGCUCUCAAAAACGGCUUCAUCACCGGCGAGGUAUUUUACAACUCUAAGACGGGCCUCAUCUCGCCACCGCCUGAUGAUCCCGACAACAAAGGAUCCGUCACCAUCUCUCAUCUCUCCGCCAGCUUUGGCGAAAGCGAGGUCGUCACGGAGCUCAUUAACCACAUCGGAGCAAAUGACACAGACGCGUCCACUUUUGAGAAGAACUGGCUCGACUACUGCUAUUACUACGGCGCAAGCAAAGCCGAGCAAGCUGCUCGAUACGGCACCAGCUUUUCUGGCAUCAGUCUGAGACAGGGACACUCGAAGCUGACUGCCCUGGCUGCAAACAGAGAUGGCGGUAACGCUACUAUCGCUGCUCGCGCUUGGAAGGAGUUUUUCUCGACCGACGGUCUUGCUCCAACAGCGCCCUGGGUUUCAGUGCCAAUAUCUGGAAAUCAUUCCAUAGUGUUAGUGCCAGUGGAAGAGGCAUCGUGGAUUAGCACCAAUGAGGCGGCACAGUAUGGAGGAGCUGUGAUUGAGAACAUGUAUCUACUUGGCAGCCCUCCAUAA